CCGUCCAGCCGUCAGUUCACAGCAGAGCAGCAGAGGCGGCUGACCAGAACCAAACACUUUCUCCACUUCUUCCCUCAGUCAGUGAAAAUGAUCCGGUUUGACGGUUUGCUGAAGGCUGCGCUGGUCACCGUCGUCUGGGUGGUCGCUUCUGGAAACGCAGAUGAGAAAUUAGCCACUUGCUGUGAGAAAGUGAACAGGAAUGAGAUCACAGAGCCGAUCCUGGGAUUCCUGUUCCAGAAAGCCAAUUAUCCGUGUGUCCAGGCCAUCAUCUUUCAGACAGAAAGCGGUCUUUACUGCAGUCAGGUGAAGGCUCCCUGGGUUAAAAAGAAGAUCAGCGAAUACAGGGCAGCGAAGGCUCUAAAGAGCGCGGCCAGUUCCUCUCCACCAUCGGUCUCCCUCCUCUCCAUCAUCACCUCCACCGCCUCCGCUCCGCCUCCCUCCGCUCCGCCUCCCUCCACUGCUCCUCCCUCCACUCCUCCUCCCUCCGCUCCGCCUCCCUCCACUGCUCCUCCCUCCACUCUUCCUCCUUCCUCUUCCUCUCCUUUCUUCAGCUCUGCCUCCGGGGUUUCAUCCGGCGAUUCGUUUUCUGGGAGCGAGGAGGACGAGAGCUUCGUGACCUUCAUGACCUCCGGCUCCGGCGAAAACAACUGAACAUGUUUCAUCAACACCGGAGCAAACAGCCUAGUUAUAUUGAAUUAAUUUAGGAUUUUUAGUUUCUUUCAUAAGUUAAAUUAUUUAUUUGGUAAAGCUAAAUUUACUGUUCUGAUACAGUGAAGGUUAAUAUUUAUUACCUUGUGUAUUUAUAAACAUUUGGAGUAACUUAUGAAGCAGUUCGGACAUGUUGAACGUUUACUCAUUUAGUUGUUUGUGGAAAUGUUUGGAACUUAAGAAACUUGAAUGCUUUAAUUUUGUAUCCUGAAGGAAACAUCUGGGAAAAUAAGAACUUUAUGCAUUAAUAAAUAUGAUUUUAUAUAA